UCACUGUCAGUCUUAAAUUAUCCAUGUCGAAAAUGUCAAAAACACUGCCAGUUGUCACUAAUGUGUCCCGCGCAAGUGCGAAAAAGGGAGUGUAAUGUGUAUUAUUCCCGCCAAGUAUCUGUCAAAUGAGCAAAAAUCGGGAGAGUUUACGGCUGUAUUAUAUUGAUUUUAUUUUAUUUAAUGGUAGUUAUUGGUAAUCAUUAAUACUUUUAUUAAGAAAAAUGUCGAAUCAGGAAGAAAGUGACGAAAAUUGGACUGCUGCUAUGGACGAUUUAUGUUCGCAAUUAAAUGUAGAUCCAGGGGCUACAAAAAAAUCGAAAGAUUCAUUUGCUGAAAUAAAGCGAAACUUUACUUUAGAGGGUGACUCCUUACAUUGGAUGGCAUGUGCACUUUAUGUUGCAUGCAGAACAUCUAUCACACCUACAGUUGAAUCAGGGAAGGCAGUAAAAGGGAACUGUGUUAGUUUAACGAGAUUACUUAGAUUAUGUAAUAUAAGUCUCAUUCAAUUUUUCACUAAAAUCAAGAACUGGAUGGAUAUGACUUUAAUGCCAUCUGAUUUUAAAGACAAAAUCAGUAGAUUAGAGCACAAAUUUGCUGUAUCAACAAUUUUAUUUAGAAAAUUUCAACCACUGUUUCAAGAAAUCUUCAUGGGAUUAACAAAUGAACCAGUAAAAACAAAGAGUAGCAAAAAACAGAAACUUCAACCUUGCAGUACCAAUGCAUUAUUUAACUUCACUUGGUGCCUCUACAUAAGUGUAAAAGGAGAGUUCCACAAUUCAGCUGAUGAUCUUGUGGACAUGUACCAUUUGCUUUUGUCUUGUUUAGACUUUAUAUAUGCUAAUGCAUUCAUGGCGGACCGAAGGGAUAUAUUGAAUCCUAAUUUUAGAGGUCUCCCAAGUGACUGGUCAGAAGAUGACUAUGAACAACCAAAUCAUCCACCCUGUAUAAUAUCAAUACUGUGCGAACUAAAAGAUGGACUUGCAGUGCAGGCCAGGACUAUGAAGGACUACAGCUGGAAUAGAGUUAUCAAAUCAUUCUUUGAAAAAGGAAUUUUAAAUGGCGACAGUGAAGAUCAUUUAGGCGUAUUAGAUAUUGGAAACUUUGAUGUUAAUGUGAAAUCAUUAAACAAUUUAUAUGAGACCUAUGUGCUCAGCGUUGGAGAAUUUGACGAAAGAAUAUUUUUAGGUGACCAUGCUCAAGAACACAUCGGUACUAUCAAGAAAGUUUCCGAUACUGAAAUAUCACAAGUCAUAGCCAAUUUUGGACCGAGUAACAAAGGCUGCCCGGACACGCCUUUAACGGGGCGGAGGUACCUCGGACGAAGAGCUGAAGAGCUUACCCCGGUGUCGGAAGCAAAUAACAGUUUAGCCCGAUUGGCGGCUUUCCUCAGGCAAUCGAAGCCGCAACCCUCCGCUUGUCUUAUGAAACUAUUUGCGGAAUGCGGCGUAACCGACGAAACAAUAACGAAGAAAGUGAUAGAACCUUGCAACACUUGGAUGGAACAGUUUGCUGAAAGCCUUUUAGAGAAUCAAUGUAGUUCCGAAACGAUAGCCUACAGAUGCAAUAUGGUCACGUGUUUAUAUUACAAGGUCUUCGAACAUAUAUUACGCGAAGAGCAUCGGAAGAAGCCACAGGUUUCUUUGCAGGUUCUAUUAUCACAAGAGACAUAUCAAUUGACAGUUUAUGCGUGUUGUACUGAGGUAGUGCUACACUCAUAUGGGGUCCAUUCGUUGAGGUUCCCGCGGGUCCUGCAAAUAUACAACCUGAGCGCUUUUCACUUCUACAAGAUCAUUGAGCUGGUUGUUAAGGCUGUGGUGGAGAAGUUAAGCAGAGAUGUCAUCAAACAUCUAAACGCUGUCGAAGAGCAAGUACUGGAGUCACUAGUCUGGACCUCAGAUAGUCCGCUGUGGGACCAACUGGAUAAUACAUCUGUUCCGCCCUCCGCUAAGGUCACGAUACCUGAGUCACCGUUAAGGAGAGGUAUCCAUUCACCAAUGUCGACGGCUGACCGAUACCCUCCAUUGAUGGCGGACCAGGCGAAGAAGCAAUUGUUCAAAGAUAAUGUUAAGCCAGGCCAAUCGUUAUUAGUACAAACAAAUACAAAGAAUGAAACUAGUCCAAAAUCCACAAAUGGUGAAAUAACUCCAAAGACCCCGAACACAACGCCUAAGAAGAAUAAUAAUUCGCUCAUGUUGUUCUUUAGAAAGUUCUAUAGCCUAGCUGUGGUCCGCAUGAACGACCUUUGCAUGCGGCUUCGUCUCACUGAUGACGAGUUGAAGAGAAAAAUUUGGACCUGUUUGGAGUACUCCAUCAUGCAUCAGACGCAGCUGAUGAUGGACAGGCAUCUAGAUCAGAUCUUGAUGUGCGCUGUUUAUGUUAUUUGUAAGGUAUCGAAUAGCCCCAGCAAUCAAGUGGAGCGAACAUUCACAGACAUAAUGAGGUGUUACAGAGCACGGCCCCUCGCCGAUAAUCACGUCUAUAGAUCGGUGCUCAUUAGCACCAAGGAAGGUUCACCAGAAAGAGGAGACCUAAUCAACUUCUACAAUAGGGUGUAUGUCCAAUGUAUGCAGAACUUUGCGCUGCGGUUCACAGGAAGAAAUCGAGAUGAGAGCAGCCUAUCGCCGUUGCCAGCAGCGCGUGGCGACGCGACCUACUCCCCCGGCGGACAACGCGUGUCUGGCGCCCCUCAACUCUCCGUCAAGACCCUCACUGCCUCCCCGCCACCUCCCCCGCCUCACAAACACCAUCUCACUUAUCGGUUUAGCCGGAGUCCCGCUAAGGACUUGCACGCAAUAAACACGCUCGUGUCGUGCGAAGUGGGCGGGUUGAAGCGAGUGUCGGAAACUGAGGAAGUGGUAAAGCGAGCUCGCUGCGGAACUGCCGGAGUGGCCCGGAAGCUGCAGGGACUUGUCAGCGAUCGACAGGCUUUGUGAGAUGACAAAUUAAGCUGAUUUUUUUUCCAACAUUGAAAUUAAAACUAAAAAUCAAAGGCUCUCUAGGCGCUUAUUUUUGACGAAAUAUUUAAGAUCAAAUCAAUAUAUUUGCUCUUGCAAACUAUUUGACUAAGUGACGAAUGUAAUAAUUAAAUCAAAGAAAUGAAAAAAAUAGUCAUCGUUAAUUUUAAUACAAUUCUACAUGAGAGUAGUUUUAACCGGCUUUAAAAAGGAGGUUAUGAAUUCGACGUGUAAUUUACAAAAACACUAUUACAGUUAUGUAACAAUUUUGGGAGUAUGAAAUUUUGUAGCUAUAUAAUUUGACGAUCCGGUAAUGAAAUUUCAUAUACAGUAUAAACUCUUUAUAACGAAACUCUAGGGGCCGAACAUUUUUUGUCGUUAUAGAGAAUAGUGUAUCGCUUUAAAGAGUGUUUCAAUAUGUGGGUUUUAACGCAAAUCAACAAGUUGGGCUCACUUCAAUGUUACAAGGAGUUUAUUGUUAUAAAGAGUAACGUUUUAAAGAGUUUGCACUGUAUUUAAAAAAAUAUUUUCUUAACUUCUUGAAUUGAUAUUUCAAAUACUGGAAUAUAGAUUAUAUAUAUGGUGAGAAAAAUUAGUUUUUUGACUAAGCACGAACAUUAUUUAAAUGUAUGAGAAUGACAUGUCGUGUGUUAUGUGAACUAUACUCUGAUUUUUAAUUGCGUAGAAUUCUGACAGCUGUCGUUUUUUUGACAAGUCAGAGAUUACAAACCUUUUUGGCCUGGCACAUUUUUCAGUUACAUACAUUUUGUUUGUUUGUGAAAUUAUCCAUUUUAUUAAAUGCGGUAUUUAACAUUAUAAACAGUGGUUUAACUGAUAGAUAAUUACGGCCCUUUUCAUCAAUAACAGUAAAAAACGCACAAGGAAAGGUUUUGAAAGGUUUACUAAACCUGGAAUUAAUAGGCACUGAAAUAAAAUACAGUAAUUAAAGUUAUUUGAUAUAUUGAAAUAUUUGUUAUUUUUGUAUUUACCUAAGUAAAUAUUUAGAUUUACAUUUUUGUGGAUAAAACAUAAAUACAUAGCAUUUUAUUUUUUAUGGGUCAAAUUUGUCCAUUUUCCCUUCUCGGCGGAAAACUUUUUUGGUAGCAACACUUUUUUUUAUAACAAAGGGGGCAAAGGGGCAGGAGUUACCUGAUGUUAAGUAAUACCGCCGCCCAUGGACACUUAAAAUGCCAGAGCUUAUGAAAUGUCAGAAUUGUACGGAAUAAAAAAAAUCAAGAGUUUAAUACAAUUAAUUGAUUAAAAAGGCCAUAACCAUAGUAACACAUCUUUAGUCCAUUCAAUUAUCAAUUUAUUAAUAAUUUGAAAACUUUUGAUAGAUUCGCGAUUUGAGGUACAAAACGUAUGGCAGCGACAUCCGUACACUAGGUAUUUUAAUGUAUAGAUCCAUUCCAAAUUGUUUGAUAAGUAUUUGCUUGUCAAACAAUAAUUGAAAUAUAUUUAAAAAAAAUAAAAGAUUCAUUCAGUUAAUAAUAAAUGCUAUCAUGAUAAUUUUAUUCAAUACAUACUAAACAUGUAAACAUAGACAACACUGACAUACGGGUGAAGCCAGCGACCAGCAAAAUAUCGUUGAAAAAUUAAAUUAAAAAUUGCGUGAUAUUCGUAAAACAAUGGAAUAUAAAAAUGAAGUAUAUUGAUCUCAUUUAUUUAUGUUGAGCGUGAGUAUUAUGUAUAUUAAACGCCAUAUUUAAACAUUGCUCACAAGACCAUCGCACACAUGAUUUAAAUAUAUGUAUCAUGAUUUGUUAACUUUAAUACAAUCGAUAGUUACACAAAAUCAUAGGCAGAAAUCUAACCGAAAAAUGCGCUAUAUGACCCGCCUUUUACUUCUACAAAACAAUAUGGCGCGUUGUGUUAAUAACAAAUUCUAAUUAACGCCCGAACCCAAUAAUUAAUCCAUGAUCUGAGAUCGUUGAUUGUCAGAUCGUGACAGUCGAUCGAUCUCCUAGCUGCAUCAGGCGACGGAUGGAAUGCAAUCUUUUCGCUCUUUACACUUGUAUUUGAAAUAACUAUUGAAAUCUUAAAAAAGGAUAUUGGCGCAGUUGAACUGUCAUUUUCAUACAAAGGUCUAGGAUAGUAUAGACAGAUGGCUAUUACAAUCCGUCAAAAAUGGAUUGGUUAUUGGGUUUGGGCCUUAAGCAUUUAAAAGUUCCGGCUUAGUCGAGGGUAUUUUUAAUAUCGCGUCGAUUAAUUCCAUGUGUGCGUUGGGUUUAAUGUAUUUUAACUCGUUUCCACUGAAGGAAAAGAUUAGUUUAAUAAUGAAACGUGUAAACAAAAUCAUUUUUACAUACAUUGUGACUAUUAUUGUAAAUGUCUCAUUAAUCACAAUUUUCCUUUAAGAUUUUAAUCAUUUCUUUAGGUAUAUCUACCUAUAUUUAAGUUAAUUUCGACUGAAUGGUGUUAAUCAGUCUUUUAUUUGCUUCCAUCUAAUUAUAUUUUUAGCGUGUAAGUUGAUCAUUGAGACAAAUUUAAAUCAAUUACGGAAAUUCCAAUUUCAAAAUGUAUAUUUCGGAUGUAACCAAUUAUUUGUAAGGUCUUAAAAUAAAGUGAAAAGUUA